AUGAGAGCCUCUGCUUGCCUCGCCGCCUUCAUCCCGGCGCUGGCCGCUCAGUGUGCUCGCAUAGUCCAGUCCAACGACGAUGGCUGGGCUGAAUCGUAUAUCCGAUCCUUCAACGACGCGUUAAUAGCCUCUGGCCAUGACGUCGUGCUAUCCGCGCCUGCCGAGGACCAGUCAGGAACCGGCUCCAACGACUCACCACCAAUCCCACGCGAUGAUGCCUGCCAGUAUAAUUCCUGCGUCGGCAGCGGCAGCACCACAGGCCACAAUGCCACCCGCCCUGAUCUCAAUUGGGUCAACUCCUUUCCCGUCACCUCUAUGAAAUAUGGCAUCGAGACCUUUGGUCCACAACUCUGGGACGGCUCUGCCCCCGAUUUUGCCGUUUCUGGUAUCAACGUCGGCACAAAUGUCUUUGUUCAGCUACCAUUCUCAGGAACCGUGAACGCUGCGACGUUUGCUGCCCUCGCUGGCAUCCCCUCCAUAGCCUUCUCUGCAGCAUCCGUUGGCAGACUGCCAUUCGAUGUGGAACCGGUGCCUCUUCGUAGCGUCCUAUAUGGCCAACUCGCUGCUCAGUUGACCAACAAGAUCCUCUCCGCGGGAGCUCCGUAUCUUCCCCCAGAUGUCUUCCUCAACGUCAACUUCCCUAAAGUCGAAGGUAACUGCACUAACCUUUCCAACUUCAAGUGGGUUCUUAGCCGUAUCAAUCCUGGUAUCAUCUCCCCCCCAGAUGUCGAAUUCUGUGGUGGUAGGCGCUUGCCUACUGAACUGACCGUGAUUACACACGGGGGAUGUUUCGUUGCUGUCAGUGUCGGCAACGCCCAGGACAAGACUACGGCAUCGAAUGACAAGCAGGCCGUGGUGCUGGAGAAACUGCGCGAUAUGCUAACUUGUCUACCCAACUGA